CUAUCUGUGUCAUUCUUUGCAGAGUGCCCGGAGUAUUUUCUCGGCGCUCCGCUCUCUCUUCCUUGUCAAAUCAUUCACUUUGCUUUAACAGGAAGAUGGUACUCCGAGCUUGUGGCUUUAUCAUAUUUCGUCUAGUCGGCCGCAUCCCUCCUCCAGGCAACAUCGAGUAUCUCCUUCUGCAGACAUCUUAUGGGGAACACCACUGGACGCCACCGAAAGGUCAUGUGGACCCAGGUGAGGAUGACCUCACCACAGCACUGAGAGAGACCAAGGAGGAGGCGGGGCUUGGGGCAGAGCACCUGAAAGUGAUAAAAGGCUUUGUUCAGGAGUUGCACUAUGAGGUGCGUGGCAAACCCAAAGAGGUGCUGUACUGGUUGGCUGAGCUGAAGGACCCAGGGACUGCUGUGACUUUGUCUGAUGAGCACCAGGAUUACCGCUGGGCCCAGCUAGAGGAAGCCUGCACUCUGGCCCGGUACAAAGACCUGCAGGACACACUGAGAGCAGCACACAGACACCUAGAGGCAUGUCAGGACAAACAAUGAUGUGUCACAGAGGAGAAGAUCAUAAAUGGGAAGUAACUUCCUGCUGGUAUGUGGGAUCGUACCAUUUUCUGGAAGAGCAUUUGUUUUGAAAGCACUGCUCCUAAUUCCUUUAACUGAAUGAGUCUGACUUUCCCUGCCUUGUCUUUCUUUAAAUACUUUCCAGAACCUUAUGUAAGAGAAAGACUCCCUUAAGUCACAAAAAAUCAGAGAGAAAAUAAAAUCAACAGUUGAAUGCUAGGAUUAAAUGCAUAAAUGAUGCGUUUAUGAUUGUAAAUAAGCUGUAUUGCAGGUUUGUGCAUUACAGCUGUUUAUUUUGGUAAUUUUUUUUUCGGUCUGUCUCCAGUUUGAAUUAAAUUUAGACCAACACGAAGGUUUUCUCCUACCUUUGAUACUUACUCAGCUUUACAUCAUUUCUGAAUGGAUUGUUUUGUUUUUUCUCUUUUUUAAACAUGCAUUACAAAGAUGCAAGGGGAUACUGGGCUAAUAAUAGAACAGUCAAGUGAAACACUAAUGAUAAAAAUAAACUGUAAACAGCAGAUGCUGCCACAUGGUGGGGACAAACAUUUUUUUUCCUAAAGCUGCACAUUUGAUAUCAAAAGCAUAAAAUAGCAGAGCUGCAACAGAUAACUAACAUCAUCAUUGUCACGAGGAAAAGUUCUACAUUAAAUAUAACAGUUAAAAAAAACAACAUCUUUGGAUCUAAAUACAUUUAUUUGCUCAGAAGCAAAUGGUGAGAAUAAACAUCAUCCUUUUCUUGGGUACUGCUGCUCUUUUAUAUAAGUACAGUUAGACAGUCUGCUCUGGAUUUCAUGAUAGAGGACUAUGCUUUUGCUUGAAAGGAUAAAAUGAGAGUUUUUGAGGAAAAAAAUGUGUGCCUUCAACUCAAGAAGCAGAAUGGGAGCGCUUAUGGUUUUAAUUACCUGUCAUCUGUCAUUAUGAAGACACAAACGGGCAACGGCAGUGAUCAUGUAAGUGGAGGUCACUGAAACACCGAUACAUCUACCUUAAUAUACUAGAAAAUAUAAUAUUUACAAAAAGGUAAGUCAGUAAUAAUUUUUUUAUGUCUGUCAAGAGAUUACAAGCUCUUCCAACAAAUAUUAAAAGCCGACUAAUGGAUUUGAAAUUACCCUCACGAGUAAACAUUAACAGUGAAGUAUGCUACUUUUUUAGCUUCUUUUUAUGCUAUGGUGCUUCCUAAUACCAUCUCGCACAGUAAUCCAGAACCCCCCUCUGCAGCCACGCCUUGGAUCUCUUCAGUGGCAAAACCACCAACUCACCCGAGGCAUGUAGUCUUUCCAGCGUGUCCUGGAUCUUCCCCGAGGUAUCUUCCUGGUGUUCUAUGACAAAAACACCUCACUACAAGGUGCCCUGUAGACAUCCUCGUCAGAACACCGAAUCACCUCAGUGAGCUGUUUUUGAUAAAGAAAAGUAGCAGCUCUACUUCCAAAUGACUCCUCACUCGAUCUCUACGGCUGAGCCCAAACACACUUCAGAUGAAACUCACAUCUACUGCUUGUUUCUGUGAUCUUAUUCUUUUGGUCACUAGCAGGAGCUCAUGGCUGUAGAUAGAUAGACUGGUAAAUUGACAGCUUCACUUUCCAGUAUAAGACCCUCAUCACUACCAACACCGCAAAACCGUAUUUAUCUUCCACUCCACUCCUCACUCGUGAAGGAGAGCCAAGAUAAUUCAAUUCCUUCAACAGCUCCAGGUGCAGACGCUCUUGGGAAGAGUGUUACUACUGGCAAUAUGAGCCAUGCUUUUGUGAUGGUUGUACAGGGACUGAAUAUGACAAUGAGCCAGGUGCACCAUUCUCCCUAAGCACCCGGACACUCCAAAGGACGCAGUUAUAUGCCCUCUCCAAGUACACUCUAACAGAGGGACCCACCGCCUCAGGACACUGGCAAGACCUUUCCAGGUGAGCUGAAAAGUGUGAUUCCCAUGUAAAUGUAGCACACACAGUUACAAGAAUAGUUACAGGAAUGCCCGUAUCACCGCCCCAGUCUGCUAAUCCAGAGUCACUGCUCCAGACUUCCAUAAAGACUUUGCAGAAGAGAUUUAACCAACAAAGCCGCAAAACAUCAUGAACCUUGAGGAAGUCAGGGUGAAUUCCAGCCACCCAGUGGCACAGUCAUCCAGCAGUUGUUUUAGUAUCUUUGUCACCUUAGCCAUAGUGAUGGCCCUCACCAGCUUUGUCUCUAGACUUACUUCUUUACACAUAUAAAUUGGGAAAACCCAGGGACUGAACGGGUGAUAUAAGAAAGAUAUCGAGUUUAAAAUCCUUGAAGAUUUUUUAAUCCAUAUCCUUGGGUACAAAGUCUGGAAUGAGCAGGCUCGACUGCAGGCAUACUUGUGAUUCGUAGAGUUUCUAAAACUAGAAUAGGAGGCCAAGUCUUCAACUCUCAGGCUCCUCUCCUGUGGAACCAGCUCCCAGUUUGGAUUCAGGAGACACAGAGUAGAGACACCCUCUGUACUUUUAAGAUGAGGCUUAAAACUUCCCUUUUCAAUAACGUUUGUAGAGGACUGGGUCAAAUGAUCCGAACUAUCCCUUAGUAAUGCUGCUUUAGCCUCAGACUAAUGGGAGAGUUCCCAUCAUGAGAAGGGGACCUCUCCCCUACUCCCUCUUUUUAGUUAACUUUUAUCCACUUUCUCAGUUUGUUUAGUCCUUGUUUUUGACUUUGGUCUCUCACUAUUUCCCCCCCAUUUCACCUCAUACACAAACAGUCAAAGCAGAUGUCUGCCCCUCCCUGCGCCUGGUUCUGCUGGAGAUCUCAUCCUGUGAAAGGGGAGUUUUUCUUCCCCACUUUUGCCAAGUGCUGCUCAUAGAGAAUUGUGUUUGGGUUUUCUCUCUCUAAAAGUGGAGGAUCUUUACGUUACUAUGAAAAUCCCUUGAGAUAUCUAUUAUUGUAAACGAAGAAGGGAAAGAGAAAUCCUACAGUAACACAUCUUGCUAAAAACUAUACCCUUGUGACUGUGGGUACACCACAAACCUUAUUGUAAAUGUAUGUUGGAACUACAUGUAACUAAUGAGAAUAAAAUCCAUUUUUACCAAUCUGAUUAUUAUACAUUGAUGUCAAGCACCAAGGCAGAAAUCCUGUAGAGCUCAACA